AUGGUGGAGCUUUGCGAUAAGGUAAACGACAUAAAAGAAGCCAAUGAGAUGCUGAGGUCUUCUGUGAAAAAAUGUGAGACCGCAAUUACUAGCCUUCGUACAGAAAAUACAAAACUGACGAACCUGUGCAAGGAACUUGAGACCCGUGUCACUGCGCUCGAGCGCGACGGACAACAGCAGCAGCAAUGGGCGAGACUUCAAAACCUUGAAAUAGUCGGUGUCCCGGAGUCCGAAGGCGAGUCAACAGUGAAUAUUGUGCAAAAAAUUGCCAAAAAUGUUGGUGUUACUGUAAAGACUGAAGACAUUGACUUUGCCCAUCGUAUUCAACCAUUCCGAUCCUCCGGUGGCAAGCCGCGCUCUAUAGUGGUCCGAUUCAGGCAACGCCAUGUUAAGGAUGCGCUCUAUGCCUCAGCGCGCAAAUCACGGGAUCUUACCACUGUCAGUUUAGGCAUGGGUGGUGAUUCAAAACGAGUCUAUGUAAACGAGCAUCUUACACUUAAUAAUAAAAAACUAUUGCAAAUAUGUAAGGCCAAAGCUAAAGAGUGCAAUGUCCGUUUCGUAUGGACAAAAAACUGUCGUAUUUACACUCGCAAGAACGAAAAAUCACCGCCUGUGCUUGUUCUGUCGGAGUCCGAUUUAAGAAAGCUUAUAUCUUAG